AGGGUUUCGGGCUUCAACUCACUAACGGAUUGUGAGAAAAGAUCCAUUAAACCAGCGAUGCAGAAACUUGAAUAUUCUUUUUUUUUUGAAAAUUCGGAUCACUGCGCUGUGUUCUGCAUGGUGAGUCAUUUUGAAUGUUCUGCAUGCAUGGUUUGUUACCCGCACGCAUGCACGACCGAGCGACCAGGAGAGUAGUUAGUGUGGAGGCUGCUGUAUUGAUACUCUAUUUAAGUUGACGGUGAUGGAGGACAGAAAAUGAGGACCACAAUUAUCUUUCGGAUUUGUGAGGAAGAAGAUUUUGUUCUACAGGUUUUUGAUGGAGCAGAAACUCUCCGGUGGAAAGGGCAGAAUGUCGUCGGCGAGGUCUGUUGCGUCGCCUUCCGCGGCGCGAGUAGGCGGAGGCUCGUCGGCGCCUGAUGUCGAGCAGCAGAAGUCGGUGGCGGCCGUAGGCGCGUCGUCGCCGGUGAGUAGUAGCAAGCACCAUCAUAUGGCGAAGGCAGAAGAUGGAACCAUUACAGUUAAUGGUGACAAGCAGCAGAAUCCUGCCGCAGAUAGGAAUGGUUUUGUGCGUUGCAUGGAUACUGCUGCCCGGAGUGAAGUGAUGAACCACUCUCUCCAGAAAUAUGUCAUUCAUUUCGAUGGAUGUCAUCCUCUUCCCAUGAGAAAUCCUAGGAAGAGAUGCGCUUGGUGCUCACUCCGUGAUAUUCGCGCGGCUUGCGACAUGAAUUUCAGAAGCAACGAAACAACCCGGGUCAACAGUAAUGGUUGCGAACAUGUGUCCAAUGAAAAUAUGUAGACAAUAGUGUGAUGAUCAGGAAAAUUGUAAUAAGGGCUUGCUUUCUGCACGGUCGUAGAUUAGUCGUACGAACUGUCUCUAAUUUUGUAUGGUAUUUUCUAUGAGGAAAAAGCGAGUAGUAUCUAAGUUUAGAAAUCUGUAUCUUCUGCUGUUUGGGAAGUGAAAUAAAAUUGAGAUGUUAUCCUUUCA